AUGAACUCAGACACUUCAUGGGCAUCUGUCUGUAUUUGGGCACUGUCCUUUUGCCAAAGCUUUGCGACUACUGGUCCACAGAUCCUAUUCACCCAGAUUCUCGGGCAAAGAGAUCUAAGUCGAUUGAAAGAGAAAAUCUCGGGAGCAAGCAACAAGAACAGUACCAAAGCUGUUACUGUAGGCUGGCCGAUCAACAUGGACGCCAGCAUGCCAAAACCUAUGCCAGGAAGUCCAGAACUCAAUGUUAUGUCUGUCAAAGCCUCAUCUGCUUGA